CCUUCAAGUAAUAAUCAUCUAUUAUUUUAUUUUGAUACUGAACUCCAUGCAAUCAAUGAUGGAAUGAACACCAAAAAUAAUACGAAGAAACGAGAGAAGAAGGAUGCCGAGUUACCACUAUUCAGUUAUAAGAGUGUAUUAGCUGCAACAAAUAAUUUCUCAGCUAUGAAUAAACUUGGAGAAGGAGGUUUUGGACCUGUCUACAAGGCAAAAUUACUUAGAGGGCAAGAAAUUGCAGUGAAGAUGCUUUCAAAAAGAUCUGGACAGGGUAUUGAGGAGUUCAGAAAUGAGACAAUACUAAUUGCAAAACUCCAGCAUAGAAAUCUUGUCAGACUGUUAGGUUGUUGUAUUGAGCAAGAUGAAAAGAUAUUAAUAUAUGAGUACAUGCCCAAUAAAAGUUUGGACUUCUGUCUUUUUGAUCCAACCAAGAAAAAGAUGCUAGGCUGGGAGACACGCAUACGCAUUAUUGAAGGGAUUGCUCAAGGGCUUCUUUAUCUCCAUCAAUAUUCAAGGUUACGAAUCAUACAUAGAGAUUUAAAACCUAGUAACAUUCUCUUGGAUAGUGAAAUGAAUCCAAAAAUAUCAGAUUUUGGCAUGGCUCGAAUAGUUGGAGGCAAUGAAACACGGGCAAACACAAACCGAAUUGUUGGAACUUAUGGCUAUAUGUCUCCUGAAUAUGCUAUGGAUGGUUUGUACUCAAUAAAGUCUGAUGUGUUUAGCUUUGGAGUAUUGGUGUUAGAGAUUAUGAGCGGCAGGAAGAACACUAGCUUCUAUAACAACGAGUCACUCAAUCUUCUUAGAUAUGCUUGGGAGUUGUGGAGAGAUGAUCGAAGUUUGAACCUAAUGGAGCCAACAAGAAGAUAUCCUUCUUCUACUUCUAUUAUGUUGAGAUUUAUUAACAUUGGCCUUCUCUGUGUCCAAGAAAGCUUGACUGAUCGACCUACCAUGUCUGAUGUAAUCUCAAUGAUUAGCAAUGAGCAUGCACCUCUAUCUACACCUAAGCAACCAGCAUUUUCCACAGGCCGAAAUAUGAUGGACACAAAUUUAACAAUUGACAGUGCAAAAAAUUGCUCAAAAAAUAGUGUAACUAUUUCAGCAAUGGAAGUCCGAUGAUUGAUUCCUAUCUGAAAGAAAAGAAAUGUUGGAGAAGCAAUC